AAUCUUAUAACUUCCGGAGUAGCUAGUGCAUUCUGGGUGGCGGAAAAUACGCCUUUGCGUUGAUAGCACGCUUAGCUAAGAAGCAGUGUUCUACGAAGCGGCUGCGAUCAUAUCUUCCAAAAAAUAUUUAAUAUAUCAAGGAGUGUUUAGUUACCAGCGAAGAUGUCCAUCGGCGUGCCUAUUAAAGUCCUGCACGAAGCAGAGGGACAUAUUGUGACCUGUGAGACCAACACUGGCGAGGUGUACAGAGGGAAACUCAUAGAAGCAGAGGACAAUAUGAAUUGUCAGAUGGCAAACAUCACAGUGACAUACAGAGAUGGACGUGUGGCCCAGCUAGAACAGGUCUACAUCCGGGGAAGCAAGAUCCGAUUCCUGAUCCUGCCGGACAUGCUAAAGAAUGCGCCCAUGCUAAAGAGCAUGAAGAAUAAGAACCAGGGAUCUGGAGCAGGAAGAGGGAAAGCAGCCAUUCUCAAAGCCCAAGUGGCUGCAAGAGGUCGAGGACGUGGUGGAAUGGGACGAGGAAACAUUUUCCAGAAAAGGCGAUAGUUUUUGUUUGUGACCCUUUUAAAACUGUUUAAAAACUGUACAGCUGUUUUGAACCUUUUUCCUCCUUUGUAAGACAUUCAUUAUGGCUACCUGUUGCUUGGAAUAUAAGCGUGAAGAAGCAUGGUUUAACAGGUUUGUUUUUGGAGACUCAAUAAAGUUUUUUUUAAAUACUUA